AAAUGAAAGUCUCAGCCAUUAUUAUGUAAAUUUUUUCUUUUUCUUAAUAAAAAAAAUUAAAACGUGCAUCAUAAUUUUAUUUUUAACUAAAUUUCAAAAAUUCUAGACCGCUGUAUACAUUUCUUAGUACUAUAAAGUAUGGUAAUCAAAACAUUAAAUGACAUUUCGAAAACAAAUGAAUUGGAACAUCAUGAUACGAUUGAAGAAGAGCCUUAUGAAGACGUCUGUAGGCGAAUUCAAAAGCUUUUUCCGCAUCAAAAUGAUGAACCCGUCGUGUAUUGGGAAGUUCAAGGAAAGGAUGGAAUGUGCGCACUUCAUACUUUAAAUUGUUUUUUACAGGGUCCAGUUUAUUCAGAGGGGGAUUUAUCCGGAGUUGCUUUAGCAUUGGACGAAAAAGAAAGACGGUUACUACAUGCUACAGGGACUCAUGAAGCGCAUUCAGAAGAUAUUAAAGCACUCAUUCAAGGGGGUUCAACAAAUGUAUCAGAAGAUGGAUUUUUCUCUUAUGCUGUUAUAGAAGAAUGUUUAAGGAUUCAAGGUUAUCGUCUAGCAUUUUACAAAUGUAGUGGAAUUAUGGAUGAGAUCCUACCUAUCAAUGGUUUUAUGUGUAAUUUUCAUGAACAUUGGUUUACUAUUCGGUGUAUAGGAAAUACCUGGUAUAAUUUAGAUAGUAUGAAGAAAUAUCCCAACCAAUUGACUGUUCAUCAAGUUAGGGAAUUACUGGAUACAUCUUUAGACCAACAUAAGACAAGCUUUGUGAUAUCUUCAAUGUAUGGAAAAAGAGAGUUACCUGAGAAUAAUGCUUCUUCUUGCGACGGAUUAAAUCGAAAUCAAUUUUUUUUGACAAAGAAACAAAUUGAACAGUUGAUUCAUUUCAGUUCGAGCACUUCACAAGACAAGGUUCUUGAUAGGCAUAUUUUUCCAUCAACAGUAGGAAAAAAAAGUCCAUUUCUAGAAGAUAUUACGCCUUCUGCAUCCACCACAACUAAGAAUUCCGUUACCUCCACUCAUGAUGCCUCUAAUGAGAUGGAUCCCGAACUUUUAAAAGCUAUUGAAUUAUCUUUAGAAGGUUAUUACAAUGAGCUUCCGUAUGCACCGAUCCCACCAGAUACAUCAGCUAAAGAUGAAGAUGUUUUUUUGUUUCGAGUACGAUUACCGAAUGGAAUAAUUCUUUCAAGGCGAUUUUGGAAAACGGAUAAGGUUAUAUCCUUAUGUCAUUGGAUUGAACGUGAAAAAUCAAUGCAAACAUCUACUCAAAUAUGUUAUAUUUUGAUAGCUACUUUUCCAAGAAGAGAAUUUCGGAGGUUCGAUCCUACCAAUGUAUUAUAUUCUUUAAGGGAACAUCAGGAAGAAACAACGUUUAAAAAUGUUUCAAAUGAACCACUUGGAGAAAUUUUCACGUCAAGUGAAUGUUUAACUUUACAAUUUAUAGUAUCUUCAAAUUGA